CAAAAUGCCUCUAAGUUGUAUGGGAAAAUCACAUGAUAAUGCAAGAGAUUAUCCUUGUUUUCAAUGUACAUCUCUUUUGUCUGACAAUUUGCUGCCGUGGUCAAAUGAUAACAGACAAAAGAAAAAGAAAGUAGUCUUGGAAGCUUCAUUAUGGACUACUUUCGCAAUGGCUCAGUAAUCCAACUAAAAUCUAAGGUUACUCAAAAGACACUGKCAAUGCGURAUGGUGGAUUGAUUGAUUGYGAUGGCAAGGUGGGAUUUUAUGUUGGAACCCUUGGGUCAGGAACUCCUGUUUGGGCACUCAAAAAAGACAGCWUAUAUUGCUCUGGUGAAGUAACCAAUAAUGACAGCCGAAUUCACAUCAAAUUYAAUGAUGGUGAYAUUAUUUCUCAUGAYUUCAAUGAUAAAUCUGCUGUUUUACUGGAUACAAUUCCUGAUGUUGAAGCUCUCCAAAUAGGGUCAAGACUAAUAGCACAACACAAGGGAAGUACAGAGUACUGUUCAGGGUGGGUCAUGAAAAUUGAUAAGACCAAUCCAAAGAAUCCUGUAUUUGAGGUUAACUUUGAUGAUGGUGACAAAGGGCAUGUUCAUCUACAUCAGUUACGAUUAUUGCUUGCAGUCAACUGUACAACUUUAGGUAGUCCAAAUAUGCUGGCACAGUGUCAUGUCAUUGGGCGCUGGAGCAAUGACCAAUAUUAUCGCGGUAUUGUGACMAGAGCUGGUAGUACRAUUGACAUACAAUUUGAUAAUGGUGACAAAWUUCAACAUGAUCCAAGUGACAUUGCAGCUGUCAUUCUUGAUGUGAAUCCAAGACCAGGAACUGUCCAGGUAGGAUGCAGAGUGAUUGGAUGCAGGCCAAGCAGUCAUCACUUCUACUGUGGGAGAGUGGUUCAAAUAGACUACAUGGAUCCRCAUUCUCCGCGUUACUAUGUCAGCUUUGAUGACAAYRCUAAUGGCUGGUGCAAGCUGGAUGAGAUUAGAMCCCUCCCGAUGAGAUGYGAAACUGUUGGGUGUGCAGUGUUUGCAAGAAGCACAAACAAAUUUUUCUACCAAGGUCAUGUGACUGAGUGCAGCCAUGGAAAAAUCCACAUUACAUUUGAUAAUGAUACGGGACAGGGCAAAAUUUCUCACUACACAAAUGACACUAAAUCAGUUAUAAUUGACAGUGUUCCUAAUCCUGCCGACGUAUCAAUAGGAUCAAGAGUGAUUGCAUCGUGGAUGUUUACUCUGCAUUAYUUAACUGGCUUUGUCACUGAAAUUGAUUCUACUGAUCUUUAUACWCCACGUUAUCAUGUAAACUUUGAUGGUAAUGGUGGUCAGUUUUGGGUGAACUUUGAUCAAGUGAGAUUAAUUCCAAUGGAGGCCAAUGAARUUGGUGCUGUUGUCUGGGKYCGCAGAACAGACAAUCUCUACUACAAAGGGAGAAUUGAGAGAACAGAUUCAUCCAAAAUCCACAUUAUAUUUGAUGAUGGAAAGAAAAUGGCUCAUUCACCAAGUGAUAUCACAGCGRUAAUCUUAGAUGUCACCCCUAAUGCAAGAWUUGUAUCCAAAGGUAGCCGUGUUCUUGCUGAUYUGCUUGGAAGCUCAAUGUUAUAUCCUGCUACAGUUCAAAAAGUGGACAAACAUAACCCUUGUCAGUUACGGUACUAUGUUCAUUACGAUGGUGGCAACAAAGGGUGGGUUUAUCAUAAACAAAUCAAGCCUAUUCCUGUUCCUGGACCCUGCACUGAAGCACAAUUUUCUGUUGUUCAUAUUGAUGGAAAUGUUGUGGCCUUACAAAAUAUAGCUUUUCCUCAAUAUUUCUUGGGGAUAAAUGGUGACCAAGUUAUUGGCAAGGAAUUUGAUAAAAACUGUCACAUGUAUGUCCAUGAAACCCAAGACCAGUUUGUCUCUUUGAGUUUCUGUAUGUUUCCUGGUCAAUAUAUUGGCAUCAGUCAUGAUGGUCAGCUACUUCCCCCUAACAGUACCCGCCACUCAGAACAGACGUACUUUGAAGUCAAGUUAUUAUUUAGUCCUUAUGGACAGUCAUGCCAGGCAGAUCACAGUYCCACUGGUAGGGUUCCUGGACAUAAUCCUUGUUAUCAGCUAUCUCUGGACUACCCACCACCAGUACCAAAUGGGGCUCGUGAUUCAAGAGGCCCUCCACAGCCUGAAGGACAAUGAUACCCAUCUCCACCACCUCAAGGUGGGUGCCCGCAACCAAAAGGGGACUAAUCUCCAACCAGGGGGGUGCUGCUAUCAGCCUAGGAAGAGCUAGUACAUAUUUGAAACAUAAUGUUUAUACAAUGGCAGAAAUUUCUAAAUUGAUUGGUAAUGCUGGUUUUUGGACUUUUUCAAUACUAGUCGAUGAACUUGAAAAUUCAAAUUGGAAAAUUACUGAAAGAAUGGAAAUUUAUUCAUGAUACUGAUAUCAAAAAGGUGAYGUAGAUAAUAUCUUGAUUUACGCAUGGCGCAAUGAUGCGCUAGAGUAAAACGUUACACAACUUUAUUUCCCUUCUCUGUUCUUUUAAUGUCACCUUUAAUCUCCAUUUAUUUCCCACUUAAUUUUUUUUUGUUUUUUGUUGUUAAUAGAGUCUAUUCAUUGAAAUUUACAGCAUUUUCACACUUGUAUUUUGCUAAAUAUUAAUGUAUUUUGAAUAGAAAUCUUUCAAUGUCA